UCGCCAUCGCUUCGCAAUGCUUCAUGGCCCCAGAAAUCCACAAGAUCUCUCUCCAAGACCGCGAUGCCGAUCCGUCGUAUCAUGGCUAGCUGCGAUCCACCUCGGCAUCUUUAAAGCAGAUUCCGCAAUCUCACUCUUCUCUCCUCUCUCUCUCCAAUCAAACAAAUCCUCAAUCAUAACACAAUGGCUUCGCAAAAUAUCACAGUCGAGGAGCUCCCCAACCUCCUCGCCGAUGACAUCAAGGUCAAGGUGGCCGGCGUCGACUGCGACGGCAUCCUGCGCGGCAAGGUGAUGUCCAAAGAGAAGUUCCUGGGCAUUGCGCAGAAAGGCUUCGGCUUCAGUUCCGCAGUCUUUGGUUGGGACAUGCAGGACAUGCUCUACACGACUGAUGCGAAGAUCGCGCCCGCCGAUUCGGGGUACGUCGACUUUCUCGCGGUGCCGGACUUGAACACCUUCCGGAGGAUACCGUGGGAGGACGACAUUCCGUUUUUCUUGGUGCGGUUUGUGCAGAAUGAGAAGCCCGUGUCGGCAGAUGGUCGCAGUAUGCUGAAGGCGGUUUGCGAUGAACUUGCGGCGGCCAAUUGCAAGGGGAUGGCUGGAGUUGAGCUGGAGUUUAUCAAUUUUCAGACCCCUUCGCAGGACGGAUACGGCGUUCCUGGGUUGACGCACGAUAUCGCCGCCUUUCUCGAGAAAAAUGCCCCGGGUGCACUCCGCCCAUUGACUGCCGGAAGCUUUUCGUAUAGCUCGACACGACCUGUUGCGCACAAGAAGUAUUUCUAUGACAUCUUCAACACAAGCGCACAAUUCAACUGCGGGAUUGAGGGGUGGCACACCGAGGGCGGUCCGGGGGUAUAUGAAGCGGCCCUCAAAGUAUGCGACGUCGCGGAAAUGGCCGACAAGGCUUCCCUGUUCAAACUCCUGGCAAAAUCAGUAGGAAUGGAGCACGGGAUCACGCCCUGCUUCAUGGCAAAGCCCAUUCAAGGCCAACCCGGCAGCUCUGGUCACAUUCACGUUUCCCUCUGCGAUCUCGACGGAAAGAACCUUUUUGCCCGGGAAACACAAGACCCCAACGCCCCGUGGCCCGAUGCAGCUGGACUGUCGGACCUGGGUCGUCAAUUCCUUGCCGGCAUUCUCGAGGCCCUACCAGACAUCAUGCCCCUAUUCGCCCCGACAAUCAACUCUUACAAACGCCUCGUGGAGAACUUCUGGGCCCCCGUGAACAUCACCUGGGGACUAGAGGACCGCAUGGCGUCCGUUCGCAUCAUCACUCCGCCAGUGUGCAAACCCGGCGCCACGCGGUUCGAGGUGCGCAUUCCCGGCGCGGACCUGCAUCCUCACUAUGCGCUGAGCGCGAUCCUCGCCGCGGGGUGGCGCGGUGUGCAGAAGAAGCUGGAGAUUCCAGUGCCUCCUGUUUCGGCACUGAAGCCCGAUAGUCCUCGACCGGAGCUGUUGCCGAAUACGUUGGACGCUGCGGUCCAGCGGUUUAGCGCCCCGAACAGCAUUGCGCGGCAGAUUCUCGCGGACGAGUUCGUGGACUUCUUUACCGCUACGCGCGAGCAUGAAUUGCGACUGUGGAGGGAGGCCGUGACUGAUUGGGAAUUCAAACGGUAUAUCGAGACUGUAUAGCCAUUGGCCGGUGCAUGAAUCUCUCUUAGUCUUGUUCUAUAGACACGUGUAAAUAGUAUAAAUAGAAUUUGAUCUCCUAC